AUGGUCUUUGCCCGCAGCAGAGAAGGACUUGGAAAUGGUUUUGAUACAAACGAUGCUGAGCUGAAGAUGUACAGAGCCAUGGGAACUGGAUUUGUGCCAAGACAUGAUGCCGCAUCUCUGUCAAGGAUGGCUCCUGGCAGUGAGAUUGAUUUGAACUACUUUACCACUGAUGGCUUCAAGCUCUUGUCACAACGGCCAGCCCUCCUUCCUCGGGAGAAGAAAGAGGGGGAGAGUACAUACGAAGACGAGACAGAGGUGCAGCUGACGCAAUCACCUCGACCAGAAAGCAAGGCUCCUGUUCGGCAUGUAAAUGUCCUUUGGGUUCAGCGGCCACGCCGUGCCAGCCGCUGGAUUGCCAACAUGAAAGAGGUCUUGAAUUGGCUGGAAGGAUGGCAGCACCCAAGCCUCAAUGAUGUCCGUGUGAGAGUGCUCGUGGCCCACUUUGAGCGUCUUCAUCCUGCAGUCCAAUGGCAUUUGGCCAGACAGGCGGACAUUCUUGUGGGUGUCACUGGUGCUGCUAUGGCUUGGGGCACAUUCAUGCAUUUGGAUGCUGCCAUAUUGGACCUGUUUCCACCUGGCUCAAAGUUCUGCAACGAAGGUUGGGGAAGCAACACCGUGAGUCAUUAUGGUGGUUUGGCGAGACUCAGUGGAAUGCAGUACACUUGCAUGGAGCACCCAGCUGCCCUCCAGACGUCCGAAAGACCCCAAAGUCGGCAAGAAGCUCUAUAUUUGGCAGACAAAGAGGUGAAGGAAAAGCUGGGAGGCUACUGGCAUGGCCAGAACGUGCACCUGGAUUUGCAGAAAUUCCAGAAAACGUUCCUUGAGGCAGUGGACAAGGUGCUGCCCGCGCUCCCCAAAGACCGGGUUGCGUGA